AUGGGGAAAGAUACUGUACAGCGACCCUACUACAGAUCCGUUAACCAUCACCAGAGCCACAAAAAAAUUAGGAAUCCCGUACGCCUAGAUGUGGAUCAAGCUCUUAUUCGAUGGUUUGAGGUGAGAAGAACCGAAAAUAUUCCUAUAAGUGGACCACUUUUAAAAGCAAAAGCGGAAGAUUUAUCUAAGAGAUUACACGGUGGAGAUUUUAAGUGCUCUACGGGUUGGCGUUUUAAAGUUCGUCGCAACAUCAAUGUCGGCAAAGUGUCCGGUGAAGCAGGAGAUGUUAGCAGGGAAGCUGUGGUGAACUGGUUAACCGAGAAAUGGCCAAGUAUUGCACAAAAUUACAGCUGUGAAGAUAUUUUUAAUGGGGAUGAGACCGGACUAUUUUACAAGAUGACUCCAGACCGUACACUGAAAUUUAGAGUAGAAAAGUGUGUGGGAGGCAAACAAUCAAAGCUAAGAUACACCGUUUGGGUUUGUGCAAAUAUGACAGGUAGUGAAAAAUGUAAACUUCUUGUCAUUGGUAAAUACGAGCGACCGAGGUGCAUGAAAAAUAUUAAAAACCUGCCUGUUAUUUAUAAAUCGAAUAGACGCGCAUGGAUGACUUCAGACAUUUUUAUUAAUUAUUUGAAAGAGUGGGAUGAAAAACUAAGACGUCAAAAAAGAAAAAUAUUGCUUCUAGUGGACAAUUGUGCAGCUCAUCCAAAGAAUGUAGAUCUGACAAAUAUCAGAUUAGAAUUUUUGCCUCCCAAUUGCACUUCUGUCAUACAACCAAUGGAUCAAGGCAUAAUAAAAUGCCUGAAAACCUAUUACUGUAGAUAUUUUAUGUAUCGCCUAAUUCAAGCAUUGGAUAGUGAGGAAACGUUCAAUCUAACAAUUCUAGACUCGAUAAAAAUAAUUGCGAAAUCUUGGAAUGAGGUUUCGCAAAAAACGAUUCAAAACUGCUUUCGACAUGCUGGUCUAGUGAAAUCGAUCGAGGAGUUUGAUUCAGAUGAUGACUUGCCUCUGAAUCAGUGGUACGAAAAAUAUAAAAGUGUUGAUGAUGAUGAUGAGUGGGAUAUUCCGCUAAGUUAUUGGUUGCAAAAUCACUGCUAA